CGGAGCCGCCGGCCGGAGCUGGGACCUGCUGCUCUGGGGUGCUGGAUCCGGCGUCCUUCGGAGAGGUGACUUGGUUCUCACCACACGGGAUGGCCCUGGCAUACAUGCCCACUCCAAGCCUCCUUCCCUAGUGGCGAAGUAAUUUAAACUCAGUGUACUGUCCCCGGUUCGUCCCUCAAGCCCUUUCCAGGAAACUUCCUCUUUUUCACUUGUUUUCUACUUAUUUCCUUGUCUACUUGAUUGUAAAGUUCCCUGGAGCCAACGUAAUAGAAUUUUGCUGAAGAGGAAGCAGUGCUGAGGAAAUUUCUGAAGUUACCACCACAGGGAGCAGCCAUGCCUGGGGAAGGAGGGAAAACUGAUAUGGAGAGGAUAGGCCUCUUCAGUGAGAUGGAAUACAUCACUGUGGGUGACAAAUAUGUGUCGCCAUUUAAUCGACCCUUUAAUGAGGAUGCAAACAAAAAUAGACAGAUGUUCCCUGGUGGAACCAAAGUAAUGUCAAAUCUCCAGGCAGGAUACUUUGAUGCCCAGUUUGCACGGAUUUUUGAAGGUGAAGGCUAUGUAAAUCUGAAUCAAGUGAGGAGACGACAUAUGAUGCAAGAAGCCAAAAAAAAUCUAGGCAAAGCCUUCAUCCCUAGUAAUGGAGAGAAAAAGCCAAGUGGAUUGGGAAGCUACUAUGGAACAAUAGGUGGUCCUGUCCCAUUCUUCAGUGCACAGUCCAAACCCAGGGACAGAUAUGAAGCACCUGGGAAGAAUUUAUAUACCAAUCCAGGAAAGAAAGGAACUGGAUAUGGCUAUGCAAAUGUUACCAUAGGCAAACAGUUUUCACACUCUUCUGAUCUCUAUGAUGCAGCAAAACAGAAUUACAAGAAAUACAAUGAAGAACACCACCGAUUAAUUAAAGGGUCACCUUUCAAGUUAAAUCUUUACCCAAAGGAAUAUUUUGACACUAAUCCAUAUUUUACGGAGAAAGCUUUACCUCCAAUUAAAAAAGAAGAGAAGAAAGAAUUACUUACAAAGCCUUUUAAACCCUCGUCUCCUGGCAAAAAGGCUGGUGGAAUGAAGGCAGGAACAUUUGACCCUUAUCCAUCACAUUCUGCUGAUCCUUAUGUGAUUAAAUUGGUAAAGAUUUCUGGAAAAACUGAUAAGAUUUUUCAUCCACCAAGUGGACCAAAAAGCAGACCCAUUGAAAGUAUAAUGAUAUUGAAUGUCAAAAGGGCACUAAAUACGAAGAACUACAAGACUGCUUCAGUACAGCCAUUUGGAAAACAAUUAGCUUUCUAGAUUCAGCCUACCAGUGACUCAUUAUUAAGCUAAUUAUUUGAAAAUAAAAAUAAAAAAUGCCAAAAGUUGUGGAAUAGAAAAUUUAUAUAUUUAAAAGAAAUU